CCAUUUUAUCAGUUUGGGGGGUCGGAACAGCAACUGGAUGCAUUAGUCCACGCGUUUCCUUUAUUUUGAAUGACUUUACAUUGCGUGUUUUAACCACAAUCGGUAGAUAAUCAAGUAUAGUCGAUGAGUAGGUGUUUGCACACGGUGAAAAUUGGCGGGAACUGGGUGCGACGCUACGCGCCAUUCAUUUCUAUCGUGCGCGCGGUUAGCAAGUAGCUUAGCUAGCUAAUGGCACCCCGCAUUAUUUGACGACAGUCGCACGUAAACAAUAGAAAUCAGACUUGUUGCCAACUAAUUUGUGGUUGUGUUUACUUCGGAGUUCUUUCCGGUGUACUAGUUUCGGUUUCAGCCCCGUUUGUUGUCUUGUAGCUGAAUUAUUGAUCUGCUUGGAAGCUGUUAGCACAGCUCGCGCUCUCGGUGUAAACAUGACGGAGUGUUAUAUUCGCGUAGCGGAGGAUGAGAACGAGGAGCCGAUGGAGAUCCCGUCCGAGGAGGACGGCACCGUGCUGCUCUCCACCGUCGCCGCACAGUUUCCCGGUGCCUGCGGCCUUAGAUACCGUAGCCCCGUGUCUCAGUGCAUGAGAGGGGUCCGACUAGUGGAGGGGGUUCUUCAUGCACCCGAAUCAGACUGGGGCAAUCUGGUGUACGUGGUCAAUUAUCCAAAAGAUAACAAGAGGAAGAUGGAUGAAAUGGAUGCUGCAUCGGCUGUGAAGAUCAAGAGAGGUGUGCAGAAGACAUCAGAUUUGAUUGUGCUUGGGUUGCCAUGGAAAACAACAGAGCAAGACCUUAAAGAUUACUUCAGCACUUUUGGAGAGGUUAUCAUGGUGCAGGUGAAAAGAGAUGCAAAAACCGGAAAUUCCAAAGGAUUUGGCUUUGUAAGAUUUACAGACUACGAAACACAAGUAAAAGCCAUGUCCCAGCGGCAUAUGAUUGAUGGAAGAUGGUGCGACUGCAAACUUCCCAACUCAAAGUAUUUCCUGGAACAGGCUGGCCCGGAUGAGCCUAUGAGAAGCAGGAAAGUAUUUGUGGGCCGCUGCACCGAGGACAUGACAGCCGAUGAGCUUAGACAGUUUUUUAUGCAGUACGGCGAAGUUACAGAUGUGUUCAUUCCCAAACCUUUCCGAGCCUUUGCCUUCGUCACCUUUGCUGACGAUCAGGUUGCCCAGUCUCUGUGCGGUGAGGACCUGAUCAUUAAAGGAACCAGCGUGCACAUCUCCAACGCUGAGCCUAAGCACAAUAAUAGUAGGCAAAUGAUGGAUCGUGGGCGGUUCGGGGGGUUUGGGGGGCAGGGUUUUGGCAGUAGUCGCAGUCCCAACAGCAAUGUGAAUUUUGGGGCCCUUAGCUUGAAUCCAGCCAUGAUGGCAGCUGCUCAGGCAGCCCUUCAGAGUAGCUGGGGCAUGAUGGGAAUGCUAGCCAAUCAGCAGAAUCAGACAGCCGCUUCCGGCACCACCCCUAGCGGACAGAACAGCGGUAGUAGAGAUCAGAACCCAAGUUACAACACAAGCAGCAAUAACUACAACACCGGCAGCUCAGCUAGUCUCGGGUGGGGGGCGGGAACCAAUUCGGGCUCGAGCAGUGGGUUCAACUCCGGUUUUGGAUCUAGCAUGGAGACAAAGUCCAGCUGGGGAAUGUAGAGAGAUUUCAAUUGGGUCUCGAAGUAUCCUAAUAUCUAGAUUAUAUGGUAAGUAUUUUGAGAGAAGACAGUUUAGUCAGAUAUUAUGUCCCUUCAAUAUUUGCCUUUGAUUUUGUAAAACUGAAUGUUCCUCGUAUACAUAUAAUGAUUGCUCUUUAAGAUUAAUUUAGAGUGGUUGAAAUUGUUAGGAAUGAAAUGAACACUAUAAUUUUUUUUUCCCUUAUGGAUAUAAUUUAUUUUGUGUCAGGCAUUAUUUCAAUAUGCCCACAUAUCUGAGCAUCUGUUACCAUUUCAGUGCCCUCUCAGCAUACAGUACAUUUAAAGAUGCUCCAUGUGGAAAGCCAUUUGAGUUGUGUUUUCUGCAAUUUUUUUCCCUCAACGUUUUUUAUGGUCAAGCCUUCAUAAAUCUCUUCUACAGUUCAUCACCUCUUUUCCAAUUUCCCGGGAAGAAGCCCCUCGUUGGCCGCAAUGUUCGAGCGAUCUCAGUAUCAGUUCCCUUCUUCCCAUGUGUAAAUGCUUUGCCAUCAAAGAGCACAGCUUCACUCUGCAUAUACUGUGUUAGACGGUGGGUGUUGUCUUUUUUUCCCCUUUUCAUGGAUGAAAUCUGUCCGCUUUUUUUGAGAGCUGAGAGUGAUAUGGUGAUGGAUUGUUGGUGCGCCAGGAGUGAGAGACUGAAUGAGCGAACGCGCUGAGAGAGAGAGAACUUGAACGCAAGUGUGCGAUGCCGAAAAGCGACAUGCUGACUGUGAGAAGAACCUGUGUGAGCGAGUGUGAACGAAGGCAGCGAGUGUUUUUUUUUUUCUGUAGGACCAUCAGAAGGACAUUCAUUUACAUUCUUCCGUCCCUCUUGUUCUGUCUACCUUCCUCCCUUUUCUUAUAUUGCAAUCAUAUAUAUAAAAAAAAAAAAAAAGAUAUAUGUAGUGGAAUGUUUAAGUGAUCUACUAAGUAUUUGUGUUCUUGCUUAAUAAUUUGACGUGAAUGCUGUGUAUGGUGUGUGUUCUAUCUCGCUGUUACUGAACUCAUAUGUGUGAACGUGAUGUGAUGCUGUCUGUGGGCGGGGCUCUGGGAGUGGGCGGUGAAUGAGGACGAGCGUGAGCUCUGAGUGGCUUAACUGGGGUGAUGUAUUGAUGAUGAAAGCGAAGAAUGCUUCAAGAAGAGGUUGCUUUUGUUAUGUGUUUUGAAUGCUUUUUAUAUGUUUUGUGAAUCUAAGGGAACUCAAAUAAAAAAGUUGACUAGUUA